AUGAAUGUAAUGAAUUGGAACUUGGAGCAAAAAUGUUUAGAAAGUACACUGUCAUUACGAGAUUUACGAGCAAAAUUAUUUCCACGGAAAGAUCACAAACUUGAUCGUGCACUAACAUCAAGUGAAGAUAAAUACACUUCAAAAACUUUAGAAGGCAAUUGGUUUGAACGUAGAGCAAUUUAUACACCUCAACCUGUUCAUUGGAAAACAACAUAUGAUUCCGAUUAUAAACCUAAUGUUAAUACGACUUGGAAAGAAAAUCAAAUUAUAAAAUGGGAUAACAAACUUAAUCUUGAGGGUUUAAGUCGAGAAAAAUUACUUGAUCAUAAAAAGGAAUAUUGUAGCAACAUGACAACAACUUACGAUCUGUCUUACAAUAUUUUACCAAAAGAUCUUAAAGGACCUAGAAUCAGAACAUAUCACGCAAAAAAGCGAAAAUGGAUUCCAGAGCAGGAUCUGACCAGAAAUUAUGGUAGUUUAACUAACUUUGGACUAAAGGAUGCAAUAAAUGAAGAAUUUUUAAAAUAA